AGCUCAAUUAAUUGGCUAUAUUUAUGAAUUCAAAAUCAACUUCAUUUUCUAGUGUGGUAGCCAUGGAUAACGGGAGCAAGCAACUACAUGUCCUCUUCCUUCCUUACUUCGCCACUGGUCAUAUCAUUCCAUUAGUUAACGCUGCCAGGCUAUUCGCCUCCCGUGACGGUGUCAAAGUUACCAUCCUCACUACCCACCACAAUGCUUCCCUCUUCCGAUCUUCUAUUGACAAUUCCCUAAUCUCUAUCGCUACUCUUAAGUUCCCUUCCACUGAAGUUGGGUUGCCUGAAGGGAUCGAAAAUUUCAGCUCCGCCUCUUCAACUGAAAUCGCGGGCAAAGUAUUUGGCGGCAUUUAUCUUCUGCAGAAACCAAUGGAAGAUAAAAUUCGUGAAAUCCAUCCUGAUUGUAUCUUCUCUGAUAUGUAUUUCCCAUGGACUGUCGAUAUUUUCUAUUCUAGAGAGACGUAA